GGCAGUUAUCCAGCUCGUAUCCGCAACAUUCUUAUUGUUGCCGCUCCCUUUUGGUUUCGGCCGCCCUAUCAUUUAUCCCGUCUCUUCGUCAAGGACAAGAUUCGCGAAAGGAUCUUCGCCAUCGAACGACGUCAAUUGAUAAAUUUUCUUCCUUUGGCGAGCAUUCCGCAGAGCCUUGGGGGUAGCCUGCCCCACCGUCACGUCGAUUGGCUCCGCAUCUGUUUCGAUCGUCUUGGCGCUGUGUUGCCUACUGAGGACUACUUCAAUCCCAUGAAGGCUGUUUCCCCUCUCCUCUCGGCGUCUGCCACUCUUCCAUUGUCCAGCGUCGCUAGGCGUCGUGUCUCCCUCACUCAGAACCAAAUCCAUCACUUUCCACAUCAGCGACUUAGUAAUGGCGGAAGUAGCAGUAUGAAUCGAAUGAAUUCUGUCAACCCUUCAAGACGAGAUCCGACGACUGGUUGGGUGCUGUGCCAUGUCCUAAUGGGUUUCCUUCCGUACAAAGCUCUUGACACAGGUGGUGGUUAUAAAUUGAUUGUUGAAAUAGAGGGCUGUGAUUUCACACUUAUUGUUGACCUGGUGACCGGUAUUGCCGUGAAUUAGCCGACCACGUGGACCUACAACCGUCUGCUUCGUACUGACGCGUCGGUAAACAACGCGAGCAAUGUCCUCUAUUCCAACGAAGAAGGUACUUCCACCAGUUUAAACAACAACCAGGAGGACACAGUUUCCACACCCUCUCCCACUCGUAUCUCUGUGGCCCAAUUCCUUGCUGAAUUCCCUCACAAAUUUCCCACGGCCUUUGAACGUGAAUUUGAGACAUGCAUUCGACAGGUUGGUGGCAAUGCCAGUGCUAGUCGCUUUUCCAGUCGUAUCAAUUGGCCAAAAAAUCGUUACGUGGAUGUUCCGUGUUUGGACCAUUCAGCAGUACCACUUCCCAAUGAUGCCUACAUCCAUGCCAAUUUUGUGGAUGGAUAUAAACGCAGAAAGGCGUACAUUCUUACUCAGGGUGAGUGGAUUCUUGCCUUGAUACUCUGCACCAAUAAGCUAAUUGACUCGGCAUCGUGGGAGUCGCAGAACCCUGCUAAGACCCCAUUGUAUAGCAUAGCGCGUUUUGUGCACUAUUUUAUGGUGGCCUAUGGGCAAACAGAACAGUCAAUGGAUAGAAUCGUGGAGAAUGGUAGAGUAAAAUGCGGUCAGUACUGGCCGCCUCUAGAGACCAAUCAUGGGCGUGCCUCUUCUGUUUCUACGGCCACCAAGUGUUUUCCACCCUUCUCAGUGACCAAUGUACAGCAGACAGUGGAAGCGAAUGGGCUCUAUCAACUCUCCCAUCUGCAACUGUCCAAAUCACAGGGUAAUGGCACUGCAUCCGAGUCAACCAACCCCACCACCUCUUUCGCAGAGACACGUAAAAUCGAGCACUACCUCUUCCUCGGCUGGCCCGAUUUCGACGUACCAAAGGAGCCUCGUGGUUUUCUCACCUUCCUCGACGUCAUCAACGAGCGUCUUCGGCAAUCAUCCACCUCGUUGUCCCCCUCUCCUCUCAUUGUCCACUGUUCGGCUGGCAUUGGUCGAACAGGCACAUUCACUGCCAUCGACAUCUGUCUGGCUCAGGCAAAGGCUGAGGGCUACGUGGAUGUGCCCGGCGUGGUCAAACGAAUCCGUCAGCAGCGAGCAUGCUCUGUCCAGUUGGCCAAACAAUAUGCCUUCGUCUAUCAGGCGGUGUACACGCGACUGAAGGCCAUCAUGUGA